UGAACAUGAAAAUGAUUUAGCAUCCACCAGAGGAGAAGGGAGUAGAAAUAACAAAAAAAAAAAAAAAAAAAAAAGGGAAUACAAAUUCUCCGCUUCAUUCCUCUGUGCAGAUUCAUUGUUUUCAGUGUUGUGUCUUGCUUCUGAUAUGCGAUCAUGUCUGCAGCAGUUCUCUGGGAAAGUAUUGUUUAAGAAACGACCUUGCCUUGGAUGGGAAAAUGCUUCCUCUUUGCUGAACUAGACAGUUUUUUUUAAAGGAGUGAUAACUUAUAGAUCCUUUCGGUCUAUUUCAAACCGGCACUUGCAGUCAAAAUGUUCGAUGUCUUCGGUUCUUUGAGAGGACUCAUAAAACUCGAUGGAAUCUGUGUCGAUAAUAACAUAUUCAGACUCCAUUACAAAUUCACAGUUCUAGUUCUAGUAGCAUUUAGCAUCCUCGUCACCUGCCGCCAAUAUUUCGGAGAUCCUAUAGAUUGCAUCCAAAAUGACGACGUGCCAGAAAAUGUGUUGGAGACUUUUUGUUGGAUACAUACUACGUUUACUUUACCUGAUGCAUGGAAUAAAAAAGUUGGUGUAGAAGUACCACAUCCUGGAAUUGACAGAUUCACACCUGGAGAAACCAGGAAAUAUCAUUCGUACUACCAAUGGGUUUGUUUUGUGUUAUUUCUACAAGCGAUUUUUUUCUACAUUCCAAGAUACUUGUGGAAGACUUGGGAAGGAGGCACUAUUAAGACGCUGGUUAUGGGUCUCAACAGUCCUAUCUUGAAACCAGAUGAAAAAGAGUUAAAUAAAAACCUUCUUCUUGGAUAUCUGAAAACUCAUUUGCGUUAUCAUUCUACUUACGUAACAUGCUUCACGUUCUGUGAAAUUCUUAACUUUAUUAAUGUUAUUGGUCAAAUUUAUCUUAUUGACACAUUCCUGGGUGGAGAAUUCAGUCGAUAUGGGGUGGAAGUUCUGAAAUUUACUGACAUCGACCAAGAGUAUAGGACUGAUCCCAUGGUAAAAGUAUUUCCAAGGAUGACCAAAUGCACUUUCCAUCGAUACGGUCCUUCUGGAGACGUCCAGCGAUACGAUGCACUAUGCAUACUUCCGUUGAACAUUUUGAACGAAAAGAUUUAUAUCUUCCUUUGGUUUUGGUUUGUUAUACUAGCUGUUCUAUCGGCUUUGAUUUUAGUUUACAGACUGAUGGUUAUUUUUUGGCCUGCUUCACGUUUUAUAAUGCUAAGAUCAAGGUCUAGAAUUGCAGAUAAAAAGGACUUGCAUAUCAUUAUGUCAAGGGCAAAUUUAGGAGACUGGUUUGUUCUUUAUUUAUUAUGCAAAAAUUUAGAUCCCAUGCAUUUCAGGGACUUGGUUCACGAUUUUGCAAGAGAGUUGAAAGACGGAGAAAGAUUGCUGGGCAAGCGUUCAUUAGAUGACUAUAAAUCAAUUUAGAAUUAAAACAAGUACUUGUUAUUGUGAUAUUGAAUUGACAGCAAUGAGGUGAAAUUUCAAAAGAUUCUAACCCAUAUUUUAUAAUAUGCCUGAAACAGUCUUCUUUAAGAUAAAUGUAAAGUCUUCCAUGACAAAAUUAGAUGGCAUUAAAAUUACUUGCCUAUGCGCUAUAUAUCUAUCAUCUUCAUUAUUAUUAUUAUUAGCAUAUAGUUAGAAUGUUAAAUAUAAAUUUUUUCUGAUAUUGGGAAUCAUUUUUCAAUGAUUUCUCACUGUAAAUCUGCUGUCUCGAGUUGCGAGAUGUAAAGUUCAGAUAGAAUAUGCCAUGAUUUAUGAUGUUUUAUUCAGUUAACAGGAUGACAUUUUUGAUUAUAUUUGUUCUUAAAUCGUGGUGAUUUUAAUACUUAUGUCAUAUAAUUCAAGUUAACCUAGUUUUUGUAUUUUCCACUAUGUGUAACUCUGUUUUCUCUGACAAAGUAAGUAGAAUUAGUUUAUUAAAAGUUCCUUCAAUAGAUUUUUGAUUGUGCUUAGAAGAAAUGAAUAAGGAGAUUUAUUAAUUCAGAUACAGAAAUUCGUGAAUUUAAAUGCAUGCAUUUUUAUAAUAAAUUUUUUCUUCAGAAUUUAUUUGUGCAUAAAAUUGUAAAAGAGUAUUAAGCUUUUAAUUAUAUGUUUAUUUUAGCGCAUUAUAAUUUAACAGUUUAUUUAUUUAUAGUAAUAUGAAAUUUGCAUUUUUAUUCGCUUGUAAUUAAGGGGAUAAUGAACGGAAAUUCUGAAGAGAAUGAUUUUAAAUGACAAAAUUUAUAAUAAUUAAAGUAAUAAAUUUAUUUUAAACGUAUUUAUUUUCUAAUAAGUUAUGUAUUUGGUUAAAAAUUAUGCUUAAAAAUUUGCAGUCUGCUGAGAGUUUUGAAAUGUUGUUGAAAAAAAUGUCUGAAUUAAUAUUGUUUAAAGUUUAUUCGAAAAAAUAACUUUUUCGAUUUUAUGUUUAAUUAUCCUAAUUAUUUAAAAAUCAUGAAAAUGUGAAUUUUAAUUUUAUUAAAUAACUUAUACAUUCUAAGGUUCGCGAACUACCUUGAAUGUAACCAAAAAAAAGUAUUAAAGAAAAUAUUCCCUUAUGUUAUGCAUACAGAUUAAGAAUUAGGUUUGAAAGAAAUAUUUGCUUUUAAAACUUUAAAACAUAUAAAAUUAAAUGUUUAUUUAAAAUGACAAAUUAGGAUACAUUUUUAAAUGAAUAGCUGGAAACUGUGAUAUAAAAUAUCUGUAUAUUAUGUGAUGAUUUACAUGAAGUAAAGAUUUUUCAAAUGAUUAAAAAAUAAUUAAUAUUUUGGUAUUGUAUUAGCUUAAAAAAUUCAUAUUUUUAAUAAAAAGCAU